CGAACUCCCACUCCAUCAGUUCAGAACCCCAAAAUCCCGCCCACCAGUUCACCCUCAAGAAGAUCGACCGAUCGAAGGCGCAAUAGCAAUUAACCAGCAUUGGAAUGAUGAAUUCGGAGUUCAUCUUGGGGCGGAACGAGGUCCUGCCGUGGAUCAACUCCGCCCUCCAUCUCGCCCUCACCCAACUCGAAGAGGUGGCGUCGGGGGCGGUGCAGUGCCAGCUGAUGGAUGCCGUGCACCCGGGGAUGGUGCCGAUGUACAAGGUGAACUUUGAUGCCAAGAACGAGUACGAGAUGAUCCAGAACUACAAGGUCCUUCAGGAUGUCUUUGAUAAGCUCAAUAUCACCAAGCAAAUCGAAGUAAACAAGCUCAUUAAAGGAAGGCCCUUGGAUAAUUUGGAGUUCAUGCAGUGGAUGAAGAGCUACUGUAGUUCUGUCAAUGGUGGCAACAUGAACAACUACAACGCUGUGGAGAGAAGGGAAGCGUGCAAAGGAGGCAAAGAAACAAGCAAGAAAGCAGCAACCGCUCAACCAUCGUCCAAAUCUCCCUCUUCUGCCCCAAAAGCUCAACCUCCGUCCCGUUCCACAAAGAGAAGCGACCGCCAUGCAGGAAAUAGGCCACGGAGAGCCCCAAGACUUCUCAGCGCUGAUGUUUGUGAUGCCUUAAAUGAUCUACUCAGGAGGCUGAAGCUCUUGGUGUAUAGGCUUCAGAAAGAGAGAGCCUUCUACUCUGGGAAGCUGAGAGACAUUGAAAUCCUGUGCCAGAACCCCGAGAUGGAGCAUCUACCAAUUGUAGGUGCCAUCCAGAAGAUACUGACCGCUGCAGAUGAGAGUUCGUCAUCGCCGGUCGUAGCGGAAGCAGAGGCCAUGGCGGCAGCGCGACGGCAGCUACAAACUACUGAAGCAGCGCCGCGCACUCUCAGUCCAAUCCCUGAGGAGACAUCUGAGGAGGAGGAGACAUCUGAAGAGGAGAAGCCGGAGCCGAAGGCGAAGCAGGAGAUGCUGAAGAAGAGGAAGAAUGUUUGCACGCUGGAUGUUAACAUGGCGGCCAGCUCUACGCUGUCCCCGAGGCGAAGGCUCUCCGGCAGCUCCGACGUCCACAGCUAGCUGUUGAUUGCUCCUUCAACAAUCCGUUCAACAAUUUGUUUGGUAAGCUUUUUGAAUAGAGACGGGAGAGACCACUCCUGAUGUCCAGAAGCUGGUCGCCAAUGUAUAACUUUGAAGACAUUAGUCUUACGGUUACUUGAUAAA